AAGCGCAGUCAGACAAGGCAUUGAGGCCAUGGAACUGCCAGAGCACCCAUUGAAAGAUGAUUGUGACAUGUAGAAUAGCGUCUUGAUUACCCUGCACGAUAGUCUAGAUGGCAACCUUUGCGCUCCUGUCUGGAGACUGCAGUGACAGGAUCGCUACGACGCGGCUCUAAACACAGCGUUUCUCCCACCGAUCUGCCGUACUCCGAAGCCUCGAAACCUGCAUCAAUUGCGCUGAUCCGGGACAUCUCCCUGCCGCUAUGUGGGCGCGUAAUCUUUUCGCUCGCACCCUGACACGACACAAAAUAUCUCUGUCGGCAUACAACAGCCAUUGCUGCCCACCUGUCGCACACGCGCCCUUCUAUACCGUGAGAAUGGCCUCCACGCUGCCCCGCCUCCCCGUCUUCGAAGCCAUCAAACAGCAUGAUGCGCAAAGCACGGCCGUUGUCCACUCUCUUUCCGGGCGGUCCUUCACAUACGGCGAGCUUGUAAACGAUGUCGCUGCUGCAAAGGACAAGCUGCAACGGAACUGCGGCGCGCAGAGCGCAGAGGGCCAACGGAUAUCCUUUUUGGUAGAAAAUGGAUACGACUAUGUAGGUGCGCGUUCCUCUACGCCUCGUGUACAACAGCCAAGAACAGCAGAAUCUGACGCAUGCACAGUAACCCUCUUGUCCAUCCUCGCCGCACAUGCAAUCGCCGUACCGCUAUCGCCGACCUUCCCGGCACACGAGCUGCGAUACAUCAUCGACCAGAGCGAGUCUCUGAUGCUUCUCUCGUCGGAGAAGUUCCAGAGUCAAGCCGACGAUGUGCUGAAGGAGGGAAUGGAGACGCAGCCCAUCAACUACAAACAGGACAAGAUUAUGAUGGGCAAGACGGACGACUACGUCACGCUGGAGGAGCCCACAAGCGACAAGGGAGGCAUGAUGCUGUAUACAUCGGGCACCACAAACCGACCCAAGGGCGUUUUGUUGCCUCAAGACGUGUUAACGGCACAGUCGCGAUCGCUGCUGGAGGCGUGGAACUACAGUAAAGACGAUGUGCUAUUACAUGUUCUUCCUUUACACCACAUUCACGGCACCGUCAACGCAUUGCUUACGCCUCUCUUCGCCGGCAGCACCAUCGAGUUCCAGUUCCCCUUCAAUGCUGCCGCUGUAUGGGAUCGCCUGGCAGCUCCCUUCCUACCGAGCCCCGAUCCAGUCAAGAAGCCCAUUACCUUCCUUACCGUCGUCCCAACCAUAUACACGCGCCUGCUCGCAUCGCAUCCUACCCUCUCGUCCGAACUUCAAGCCGCGACCAAGACUGCGCUUCACCCAUCGAAUAUGCGCCUCAACAUCUCAGGGUCCGCUGCCCUUCCUACACCGGUGAAGUCAGCGUGGACGCAGCUCAGCGGGGGCAACGUGCUGCUAGAGCGAUAUGGCAUGACUGAGGUGGGUAUGGCGCUUUCCUGCGGACUAGAUUUCGCAGAUCGCGUAGAUGGCUCGGUAGGCUGGCCGCUUCCAUCGGUACAAGCGCGGUUGGCAGACAUCGAGACCGGGGAAAUCAUAGAAGAGGGCAAAGAAAUCGAUUCCGAGACACAACGCGAACGCCAGGGCGAGAUCCAACUGCGCGGUCCCACAAUCUUUAGAGAAUACUGGAAGAACCCCGAAGCCACUUCCAAAGAGUUUACAGAAGACGCGGAUGGACAAGGGAAAUGGUUCAAGACAGGCGAUGUCGCUGUUCGAAGGAAUGUCAAGGGAGCGGGUGAGAGCGACCAAGCAUGGGCCAAGGGACCUCUCUACUUUAUCCACGGGCGCAAAUCAGCCGAUAUCAUAAAGACUGGUGGCGAGAAGGUUUCUGCGCUCGAGAUUGAACGCGAGAUGCUUUCCCUCCCUCAAGUCGACGAGGUUGCCGUGGUCGGUCUACCAUCAGAAGCCUGGGGUCAAAAAGUCGCUGCCGUAGUGGUACUCUCCGAACAGGGUAAGACAGCAGGCAGGGGAGGUAAAGCAUGGUCUGCGUUGGACAUGAGGAGGGCGCUCAAGGAGAUGCUCGCAAACUACAAGAUCCCUCAAGAGAUGAAGGUCGUGGAUACUAUUCCAAGGAAUGCAAUGGGCAAGAUCAACAAGAAGCAGCUUGUUAAGCAAAUCUGGGGUGAAGCAUUGGAGGGGACGAAGGAGAAUGGUGCCAUACAGGUACCCAAUGGAAGUGUCUAGUAAUGUGUAGAUAGUAAUAGUGUAACAUCUCCAAUCACCAGCAAAUAUUGUUUUGAUAAGAAAA